GUUGGAUGUUGAUGUUUGAAUUUGGGUGUCUUAUAUUUAUGCUGUGGUUGUUUUGGUAUUGCAUUCUUUUAGUAACAAAAACGUUAUUUUUUUACUGUACAUUUUUCGGUUUUAAAAAUGGAGGGUCUUGUAGAGGAUAACUCCGUUUUUCUAUGCAAUCAUUGUGGUGCCAUGCUAGGUACACUAACCACUAUUAUCGCAAAUGACAUCGCUGCGAAGCACCGAUGUUUUAAAUCUGCCUCCAAUGUGACAUUGGAUUUUGAAAAAAAAAGAAUCUGUGUUAGCGACAUUCCAGUAGAAGAAAAUAAAACAGAACAAUCUUCGGUAGAGGUUGCUGCACUGGCAGAAGCUGAAGAACAAUCUUUUAAUGAAGGGGAAAAAAGUUUUUGGGCAGAUGAAGAAACUAAAUUAUUAAUAGAAAAAUAUAAAGAGCAUAAAGAAAAAUUUCAAACUUGCCCAAAAAAGAAGGUAUGGUUAAAAAUAAGUAGAGACUUGCUAAAACAUAAUGUUAAUAAGGACGGUUCAAAAUGUGAUGAAAAAUGGAGAAAUCUAAAAAAAAAAUAUGACAAAGUAAGAACAGAAAAUGACAAAUCAGGAAAUGCCACUGUCAGUUGGAAAUAUUUCGAAGAUUUCCAAGAAAUAUAUGAAAAAGAUCCAAGAUUUUCAGGUGCUUGUACGUCUUCAAGUAGUGGACAAUUAAAAAGGCCUUAUAACAAAGAAAGUUCAGAAGAAAAUAAAAAAAACAAAUUUUCUCCAGAUGAAAAAAAAAGAAACACAAUGUCUCUCAAACAGUUGGAUGCUAGAAUACAAAAACGACAUGAAGAAAAGAUGGAUCUUAAAAAAGAUAUGUUAGAAUGGUUCAAGAAAAAUUACAAGCCUGAUGAUAGCAAAAAUUAACAUUUCUACCUAGUUCUAUGUGAAUUUUUAGUAUUAAUAUUUAUUUUUUAGUGUUUUAUGCAAAGUUAGCU